AGCACUCGGCUUCCCUCCCCGCGGCGCAGAGAUUCUGUGCUUGGCCAGGUGAGCCAUGGAGUUUGGGCUCACGGAGGAACAGGUCCGCAUCUACACAGAGGCCUUCAAUGACAUGGACAAGAAUCACACCGGCGUGCUCCAGCCAACGGAGCUGGGCAUCCUGAUGCGCUCACGUGGGCACACGCUCUCGGACGAGGACAUGCGGGAUGUCGCCGCAGACAGGCACGGCACUGUCACGCUGGCAGACUUCCUUCAGAUCAUGGCCAAGCGAGAGCAGGAUGUGGUGCUGCAGCAGAAGCUCAUCGCGGCCUUUGCGGUCUUCGACAAGGACGGCAGCGGCUUCAUCAGCGUCAACGAUGAGAGCGACUUUCGGAAACAAAUGACGACGCUCGGGAACUUGCCCUACACCGACGAGAUGUUCGAGAACUUCCUGAGCGAGUAUCGAGCGGAAGCCGCGUCGCAGCAUCCAGCCGAUCAGGAUGGCUUGCUGGACUAUCAGGAGUUUGUGAAGCUGAUGCUUCGAAAGGUGGUGUGACAGCUCUGACGCCCUGUGCCGCGUGAGCGCUUGACAUGUGUCUCAGAGAUGCGACUUGAAUGACUGGGUUGUUGGAUGUUUUUUGUGUUCU